AUGGAUGUUGAUAGAAAUGGCGAAGCUGAGGAAGUCGUUAAAAAAAGCAUUCCCAGACAAAAAAAGAUAUUCGAAGGAAUACAAAAAGCAAAAGAUGAAUUUGCCUCAGAAUUUGGAUACUUGUUUAUCGAAUUUAUCGAAAACUUCGAGAGUAAAAAUGAAAUACUUGAUUUUAGACCAUAUCUUAAACAAUUAGAAAAUAUGGUUCAUGAAGACAGACACGUAUUAUAUGUAAAUUUUAGCGAUAUUUUUCAUUGGGAAGAUACCCAAACAUUAUGGCAAGCGAUAUUAUAUCAAUACUAUAGGAUUGAACCUUAUCUUCGUAAAGCAGUUGAGAUCCUUGUCGAUAAGUAUUUUCCAAACGAAGAUAAAAUCUCAAAUAAUAAGAAUGAAAAUGAUCUUGAAACGGAUCAAGAUGAUGACGUCUUCCUCAGGACAGUUAAUAAAAAACGAAAAAAGAUGGAUGAAGGUGAAGCAGCAAGGGAAAGUUUAGAAAGGUCUUACGCUCUUGAUUAUUUAGUAGCUUUUCAUGAUAUGCCAACCAUACAUCGCAUCCGGGAAAUAAAGACUGAAAGAAUAGGAUGUCUAAUGAGUAUUAGCGGUACUGUCACAAGAACUAGUGAAGUACGACCAGAAUUGCUUUUUGGAAAAUUUACAUGCCAGGAAUGUAAAGUUGAUGUACCUAAUGUGGAACAACAAUUCAGAUAUACUGAGCCUCCCAUGUGUCAAACUCCUACUUGUAACAAUCGUACUGCGUGGGUUCUCGAUAGCGAUCAUUCCGUUUUUACAGAUUGGCAACGAAUUCGUAUACAAGAAAACCCCAAUGAAAUACCAACAGGAAGCAUGCCUCGAACUCUUGAAGUAAUUGUUCGGCAAGAAAUGGUUGAAAAGGCAAAACCCGGUAAUAAAUGUAUAUUCGUGGGUACUCCUCUUGUUAUCCCGGAUAUCAAUCAACUUGGUAUUCCAGGCACUGGUGCCGAAGUAUCACGUGAUAAUCGUAGCAAUCGUACUUUUGCUGAUGGGUUAUCUCGCGAAGGAGUUACUGGAUUAAAAGUUCUUGGUGCUAGAGAUUUGUCGUAUAAAAUAUCUUUCAUGGCAUGUACUGUACAUACCGAGAAUGUCAAGCUCGGUAAGACGCUUGGAAGCCUGGAAUAUGAGACUGUUGAUGAAGAUCAAAAAACAUUUCUUUCGUUGCUUACAGAAGAUGAAAAGAACGAGUUAAUUUAUAUGGGCCGAGAUGAAAAUAUUUUUGAAAAACUUGUAAAGAGUAUAGCUCCAUCAGUUUUUGGGCACGAAAUUGUAAAAAAAGGAAUUCUUCUUCAGCUUUUGGGUGGUGUUCACAAAAUUACUCCGGAAGGAAUUAAAUUAAGAGGUGAUAUUAACGUAUGUAUAGUUGGAGAUCCUAGCACCAGUAAAAGCCAGUUCCUCAAAUAUGCCUGUGUGAUGAAUCCUCGUUCAGUGUUCACAUCUGGCAAAUCUGCUUCCGCUGCCGGUUUGACUGCAGCCGUUGUUAAAGAUGAAGAAUCCGGUGAUUUUACCAUAGAGGCCGGUGCUUUAAUGUUGGCAGAUAAUGGAAUAUGUGCAAUCGAUGAAUUCGAUAAGAUGGAUAUACCUGAUCAGGUUGCUAUUCACGAGGCAAUGGAACAACAAACCAUUACUAUUGCCAAAGCUGGUAUUCAUGCAACAUUGAACGCUCGGACUUCUAUCUUGGCAGCUGCGAAUCCCAGGGAUGGACGUUACAAUAGAAAAUUAACACUUCGACGAAAUAUAGCUAUGUCAGCUCCUAUAAUGUCUAGAUUUGAUUUAUUCUUUGUUGUACUUGACGAGUGUAAACCAGAUGUAGACAAGAUGAUUGCGAAUUAUAUAGUUGGAACUCAUCGACAUGGAGAUGAUAAUAUUAAUCCACACUUCGAUACCGCCAAACUUCAGAGAUAUAUCCGUUACGCACGAACUUUCAGACCAAAGAUCACUUCAGCGGCUGCAAAAUUAUUUUCCGAAAAAUAUCGAGAUCUUCGACAGGAUGAUGCGAUUGGUGCUGGUAGAAAUUCUUAUCGCAUUACCGUUCGCCAACUUGAAAGUAUGAUACGUUUGUCUGAAGCCAUUGCAAAAGCUCAUUGUAAUAAUGAGAUAAUACCGGACUACGUAAAUGAAGCGUGUAACCUUUUGCAACAAUCCAUAAUUCAUGUCUAUCAUGAUGAUUUAUUGUUAGAUGAGGAUGAAGUAGAUGACCAAAUGGAUAACGACGAUGUAAAUCCGGAAAAUGAUGAUACAAUGGAAGUAGAUAAUGAUGAUGACUCGAAUUCGAAUCAAGCGACUCCACAACGUCCAAGUAGAUCCGAAAAUACCAUCACUUUCGAAGAAUUUACAAAGAUCAGAGACAAGAUCAUAUCUAGAUUAAAAGUGAAAGGAUCAUGCGAAGAACGCGAAUUAAUCCAAUGGUGCUUGGAAGAACAUGAAAGUGAAUUGACUUUGGAAUCAUUCUCAACGAAAGAGACCAAAUUUAAGAAAGUGGUGAAACAAUUAAUAAAGGAUGAAUGGUUGUUACCAAUUUUACCAAUUGGCCAGUCCGCAUUUGUAGAUGAUGAAAUCGAACCCGAGGGAUCGGAUGAUGAUGUAGAUUCAUCUAUUGAUGAGCAAUCAAGUCGGACCAUGCUGACUAUUCAUCCAAAUGUUGAUAUUCAUAAUGAAAAUUUAGAAUAG